AAAUCAUCUGAGCAAAUGUGUCUUGUCAUCUCUUUAUUUCCACCCUUUUUUCCUUUAGAUUCGCCAGCUUCCCUAGACGCCACAAUGGUUUUGUCCAGCUCCCAGAUGAUCGCUCUGUCUUUACUCACCAUAGGAAGCUUAGCUUGCAUAGCUGGUGUUAUCUCCCCUAACUGGGAAUACCAGGUCAUCCGGGAUCCUAUGGGCCCUGACGAUGACAUACAGCUGGGCUUGUUCUACGGAUGCGCCACGGUCCACUCUUUGCAAAUCGACGGCUGCAAAAUCCUUGGAUGGGAUUUGAGCAAAGAAAUCGGAGAUGACACCUUCUUUAAAGCCGUCCGCGUGACUAUGUGUGGAUCCAUCCUCUUCAUGCUCACUAGCACGAUGGUCGGGUUGGCCCUUUGCUUCAGACGACACAACGCUACAUCCAUCAUGUUUCCCGCCAUUAUCAGCACACUCGCGGGGAUUAUCGGCAUGGCGGGCGUCACGACUUUCGCCAUCUGCAGUGAUGGGAAAUUCAACCCUUUCGAACAAGGCUUAGGGGAGGACUUUGAGCUCAGUCUGACCAAAGGCUGGUCGUUCUAUUUAAGUGCGUGCGGCAGUGGUUUCGUGUUUCUGGCGGGUCUGCUGGCGAUGUGCGCGCCCGGGAGAGAGGGGAAGUACGUCAUCACCCCGACCACCACCACAACCUGUGGUCGCUACGGGGGCCUGGCCAACCCGGUGUUCUAUUCCAAGGACCCUGCACAGGCAGAGAAGAGCUAA